AUGCAUCUCUACGACAGGAUACUUCCUGAGCUGCACAUCCCGGCCGCUGUUCGCUGGAUACGUGCUCUGGGCGAACGAAUCUACGAAGACGUCAUCAAGGAAAACAUGCAGAAUGGUUUCAAGGUCUUGGCUUCACCUAAGAUGAUUUUGAACUAUGACCACAUGUGCAAGGCCCGCCGGGAUUUCUGGAAACAACGCUUCAGCGACUUUGCGAACGACGAAGGAGACGUCGACGAGUUGACCAAGAAGCAGGCGAAAGCUGCGAUCGAGCACAUGGAAGCUGUUGUCAAGGAUUGGGAAAUGAAGCAUCGAGGAGAACCCGAAAAGGUCAGAUCCUGA